GAGCGGCGGUGACGCGCGCGCGGGGGUUUUACGGCCCUUCAGCUGGAGGGGAAGCGGCCGGAGAGGGCGAGCGGCGGGCCUGCGGGCGGGAGGUCGGCGUUGCCGCUGCCGCCAUGACGUUCAAGAGGAGCCGGGACCGCUUCUACAGUACCCGCUGUUGUGGCUGCUGCCAUGUGCGGACCGGCACCAUUAUCCUGGGCACCUGGUACAUGGUGGUGAACUUGCUGAUGGGCAUCUUGUUGACAGUAGAAGUGACUCAUCCAAAUAUAGUGCCAACUGUUGAUAUCCAGUAUGAAGUCAUCGGAAAUUACUAUGCUUCUGAGAGAAUGGCUGAAAAUGCCUGCGUUCUAUUUGCUAUCUCCCUCCUCAUGUUCACAAUCAGUGCAAUGAUGGUGUAUGGUGCAAUUGCUCAUCGUGUAGGCUGGCUGAUCCCAUUUUUCUGUUACCAACUCUUUGACUUUGUGCUCAGUUGUCUGGUUGCAAUCAGUUCUCUAACCUACUUGCCCAGAAUCAAGGAUUACCUGGAUCAGUUGCCGGAUUUCCCGUACAAAGAUGAUCUCCUUGCCUUGGACUCCAGCUGUCUCUUGUUUAUUGUUCUGGUGUUCUUUGCUUUAUUUAUCAUUUUAAAGGCAUAUCUAAUUAACUGUGUAUGGAACUGCUAUAAAUACAUCAGCAACAGAAACUUGCCAGAGAUAGCUGUGUACCCUGCUUUUGAAGCUCCUCCACAGUAUGUUCUGCCAACCUAUGAAAUGGCAGUGAAGAUGCCUGAGAAGGAGCCUCCACCUCCCUACAUACCUGCCUGAAGCAGUUUUUAUGUUAAUUAACAUCUGUACCAGCUUCCUGGGGGUUUUGUCUUUUAAUCUUGCAAAACUGCUUAAGUAAUAGAAAUAUUCAGGGCUUUAGGAGCAAACUGUUCUGUUUAAAAUAUGUUUGAUAUAAACUUACUAAGCAAAACACAUCUGGGAGUGAUUUUGUUUGCUUUAAUUUUUGUUCUCCUUAAUGCUCUUAAACAUUUUAUUGCCUUAGGGCCUUAUACUGCAAGAACUUAUGCAUGUGACUAACUUGUGGCUUUUAAUAAUACCAACUGAGCCAAUCUAUGAUUGAAGUUAGCUACAAUUAUAAGUGUCGGCAGGAUUGUGCCCUUAAUUUAUAUUAAUUUUUUUGUAAAGUAGUUCAUAAAGACAAUCUGAUCGUGCAGCAAAAUGACAGUUUGCCUUUAUCCUUUUUUUGGACGGGGAGGGGGUUUGAAUGUGGUAUAUAUGUGACUUUUUUUACUUUGCACUUUUCUCAUAUGUUAUCUUACCUUUAUUGUGGGUUUUUUUUGGUUAUCCUAUGUCUUGGAACACAGUAUUUUUCAGGAAGAAGUGAGGGUGGCACAGGAGUUCUAUUACAAUGUGCUGUGAACGCAAGAAAAAUAAAUAGAAAUGUGGAAGAUGGUUGCAUGCUUCUAAUCUUAUAUGUAUUUUCCUCUUUGUGAUAAAUGAUACUUAAAUAAAUCUUUUACGAAAUGUU